AUGUCAAAGGUAGAUCUGGGCUCGCUUUCGAGCUUCACGCAAGCGCGCUAUGUUAUCCACCUUUCGACUGGAAAGCGGAUAGUGCUUUUCCGGUUACCGGCGAUCGAGCCGUCCAAAGACAAGAGCAAGGCGGACAAUGAAACGGACGAUGGGUGGUCGUACUAUGCAAUGGAGGCUGAAUGCCCCCAUGCCGGUGGUCCAAUGCAAGACUCUCAAGUGGACAUUGAAGACUCGGGGUACAUCGUCUCGUGUCCGUGGCAUGCAUACGACUUCAACGUAGAGACGGGAGAAUCGAGCGUGGGAAUCACCGCAUGCACGUUCCCGGUCAACGUUCGUGGAGAGUCGGUGGUCUUGCACUAUAUCGGUCCUAAUGCGGAGGGCGUUACUCUGAAGACCAUUGAGCCGGUCAGCGAGCAGUUCCGACUGAAGAAGGACGGUACGGCUGGGGCGCCUUUGUCGCCGUCCAACCAGCAGUCUACAGGCGAUGCUAAAUAUCUGGAUGAAGACGCCACUCUUUGCGACUGGUGCGCUCAUAUCUUGAAUACGCCUCACCCAGAACACAAAAUUGAGUUGACCGCCCACCUGUUUGCCACAUUCUCGCAGAGGGAGGGCACGUCGUCACCCAUGCCCCUUGGAUGUGGUACUGUUGAGGCCCCGGCGCAACCACCAAGGCAGGGAUUGACGGAAGUCCAGCCAUGGAAUAUGCCACGCGCGGGUCGCGGCGGAACGCUGAAGAGUAGGAUUUCCAUGCUCCACGCACUUGCCAACAUUGAAUUAUGGGCGAUCGACCUUGCGAUCGACAUCUGCAUCCGUUUUGCAACCUUUCGGACGGAUCCCUUGUCCAAGGACAGCUCGCGAGACCUGCCACGAGCAUUCUACCACGACUGGCUCAAGGUGGCCAACGACGAAGCAAAACAUUUCUCGUUGCUCCGUGCGCGCAUUGAAGAAAUGGGCUCGCAUUUUGGCGCACUUCCUGUCCACCACGGUCUAUGGGACUCGGCGCUUACCACUGCGCAUGACCUCCGGGCGCGGAUCUCGAUCAUUGCUUUGGUGCACGAAGCUCGCGGGCUAGAUGUGAACCCGAUGACUAUCGAAAAGUUUCGCAAGGCGGGUGACAGCCCGAGCGUUGAUGUUCUGGAAGUCAUCCAUAAUGAUGAGAUCACGCACGUUACCACCGGCCAUCGAUGGCUUACGUGGAUCUGCCAGGAGGAGGAAACUGACCCGGUCCAUGUCUUCCGCAGUAAUGUCGAAAAGUACUUCAAGGGUCACAUUAAGGAGCCAUUCAACAUGGAGGCUAGGGCAGAGGCCGGUAUGGAUCGCCGGUACUACGAGAAUCUAGAGGGUGUUUCAGUGGCGUGA